UUGAUAGCUCAUCUGAAAGAAUUAUUUACAAAAAUGCCGGGUAAAAGGAGACCGUGGCGAAAAGAAUUGAAAAAACAACAACGAAAACGCAAAAGACGAAAUGCUGCUAUUACACGCGAUCGACUGUUGGAAGAGGAAGAAGCAAGGAAACUCAAAGAUUGUGCCUAUCAACAGUUUUUACAACAGCAAGCGCUGCUUGAAGCACAGAAAUUACGCGAAAUUGAAAGACUGCAUGACGCAGAAGAAGAAGCUUGGCUUAGGCGUGACCUAUUAGCUCAUCGCCAAUUCCGCCUACAGCAACAGCAACGUGCCGCAGCGGAAGAUGCUAUACGCGUAAAGCAAGAAAAGGAGUUGAUAGCGAAGUUAGCAGAGGAGCAAAGGCGACGUGACGAACGUGAAAAACGUGAGGCGGCCGCUGCUGCUGAAUUUGAGCAUAUGAUGAAAUGUAUGGAAACAUUUCUCAAUAAUGGAGGUGAGCCACCAGCAGAACUACGUCGUAUGGUAGAAUCACGACCCGGACAGAAGUUAUGCGCCUUAUAUGAACGUACAAAUUGCUGUCGUUAUGGACCGUCUUGCAUUAACAAUCAUCGUCGGCCAUUACUCUCCAAUAUCAUUGUGGUGCGUCACUUUUUUAUGCAUCCCCUGCUGGAAGAGGAAAACGAACACCAGGAAUACGCGAAUGCUGAUGGCAACCUGGAGCUAAGUGAACAAGAUUUAUUUGAAGCCUACAAUGAAUUCUUUGAAGAUGUUGUGCCGGAAUUCGAAGAGUUCGGCUAUAUACAGAAUUUUCGGGCAAUACGAAAUAUACUGCGGCACUUGCGAGGACAUGUGUUUGUGGAGUAUAUAGAAGAAAGAUCUGCUCUAAAGGCUUUUAUAAAGCUGCAAGGACGUUAUUAUGCUGGAAAACAACUAAAUGUUGAAUUUGCAAACAUACAGACGUGGCGCAGUGCAAUUUGUGGUUUAUCACAUUCACGUAAAUGCCUCAACGGCAACAAAUGUCAUUAUUUACAUUUGCUUAAUAAUCCAGACAAUAAGUACAACACACCAAUGGUUAUUAAUAGAACCCCCACUAUUAAAGCCUAUAUGGCCACACCCUUAUUGAGCUGGAAUGCGGUGACAGCAAGCGAUGUGAAGCAAAGUUCGCGCAAUUGGCGUUGGUCCGAGAGCCCUGAAGUGGAGGUAUCAGCAGCGAGAGAUGCGCCGGAGACAAAUAAUACCGAAACUAACAACACCAAACGUAGAUGUAGUAGUGAAGUUAAAGAUAUCGAUCAUAUGAACGCUGAACAAACCAGUGGCAAGAGUCAUGGUGAUAAAAAGCAUAAGCGAAAAAAACAUAAACAUGAACGAGAUAAAGCGCAUAAGAAGCAUAAACGGAAACGCGCGCACAGUUCCGACAGCGUUGACAGUGACGAUGAACACCGUGGUAAACGCCAGAGUAAACAGAAAAGCCAAAAUUCACGAUCUUCGUCGUCGUGUUCAACUUAUAACGAUGACAGCGGUAAGCAUAGACGAUCUACUGUAAAGGCUCAUAAAGAAAUAAUGAACAAAGACGAAAGUCAAAGUCGCUCAAAGGCAAGAGAUAAAAGUAGUUCAAAAACAGAGGAAAGAAAAAAGUCGACAAUUUCGUGAGCUUGAUAGCUCUGCACCGUAAUAUUUAUUACUUAGUUAAUAACUGGUGACACCAGUGUACGUAAAUACAAAAGAAUAUGCAGCAAAAGUUGUUUCCGGUUUAGUAAGGAUUUGGACUUAUUUAUAAGCACUGAAUGACAGUAACUUGGUUUCCAACUAGAUGCUUUGUCCUGGCUGCAUUGUAGUUGUAAGGUAUGAUAAUAU